AUGUCUACUGUCACCGGAUUGUAUUCUAAGCCUUAUGGGAAUGUCGAUGAUUGGAGGACGAAUCCGAGAAUUCUCCCGGUGGCCGGUAUGUGUUUGUAUGGGCCCAGUUUCGUCGAGAUGAUGAUGCAAAGGAAUCGAGUUGCAUCGCCCACGCGAUUCUCCCCUCUGCUGCUUCAGACCUUAUUCAAAAAGCCACUGCUUCCCCAAACAAAAAUGCAGGAUGAACCCGAAGAUCUGAGCCUUCCUGAAUCCGAGCGGAAGUUCCGAGCAGACUUCUGGAAUUUUAUCGAACGAAAAAAGAGGACUGGAGAAAUAGUGCUGGCAUGUUCGGCUUGUCUGAUCGUCUUCUCCGAUCCGCUCCUCUACCGUAUGCACGUCAGCACACACGCACUCGGCCGAUCCUUUCAAUGUGUCGCUUGCGGUACCGUAUGCUCGGACCGCGUCGCCUUCCAACAACAUCUGGUCAUCUCUCGACACGGCUGA